AUGACAGCCCGGAAGCUGGAACACUACUUUCAGCAACACUCGAUCGUCGUAGUGAGUGAGGCUCCACUCGCCAACAUUCUCAAUAACCCAGAGGCAACUGGACGGGUCGCCCAAUGGGGAAUCGAGUUUUUGCCCAGGAAUAUCACAUACGAGCGUCGGAAAGCAAUCAAGUCGCAAGUACUGCCAGUUUUCAUCGCCGAGUGGACCAAGAUGCAGACUCCAAGCCCGCCCGAUUUGUCGAGUGCCUGGACCAUGUACUUCGAUGGAUCCAAACAGGCAGAAGGUGCAGGGGCAAGAGUAAUACUGAUCUCGCCAAAAGGGGAGAGGAUGCGCUAUGUUUUUCAGAUACACUUUCGCAACGCCUCCAACAACGAAGUUGAGUAUGAGGCCUUGUUGCAUGGCAUGCGGAUGGCAAAAGCAUAUGGCGCUACUCGUCUAAUGAUCUAUGGUGACUCCAACUUGGUUGUGCAACAAACAAUGAAGACCUGUGACGCAAUAUCGGACACCAUGAUCGCCUACCGUGAUAUGUACAACACAUUGGAGGGUAAUUUUGACGGUUGUAGGCUCGCGCAUGUCAGCCGAGCCAGUAAUAAAGAGGCUGAUCAUUUGGCCAACCUGGGAUCCACACGGGCAACAGUUCCGCCUAGAGUUUUUCUGGAGAUCAUUCAUCAACGAUCCAUCAAAGAGAAGAGCACGGUGAUUUCAGUCAAAAAGUCGUCCAACUCAGAGCUUCUAACCGACUCAACAGUUUCACCCAACAACCCCGCAGUCGAACAAGUAGAAGACGGCGCAGUCGAAGUCAUGGCGAUUGAACCAACAUGGAUGAAGCCAACCGAAGCUAGAAGGAUUAUGCAGCGAUCGAAAGCUUUCGCAGUAAUCAACGGCGAGCUGUACAAACGCAGUGUCUCUGGCAUUUCUCAGAGAUGUAUUGCACCAGAAGAAGGACAUGAUAUCCUCCUAGAUAUCCAUCAGGGCACGUGCGGGCACCACGCUGGAAGCAAAACAAUCGCCGCCAAAGCCUUCAGAGCCGGGUUCUACUGGCCCACGGCCCUACUUGACACUCAGGCUAUCGUCAGCAAGUGCGAGGCAUGUCAAAUGUUCGCCACGAAGCCGCAUGCCCCAGCUUCUGAACUCAAGACAAUUCCCAUCGUCAGGCCUUUUGCGCAAUGGGGACUCGACAUGGUAGGCCCGUUGAGGAGGUCGCGCCAUGUAGGACAUCGUUUUCUGCUAGUCGCGGUGGACAAAUUUUCGAAGUGGAUCGAGGCCAUGACAAUCGCAAGUGCCACAUCUACAACGGCUAUUCAAUUCUUCAGAUCCAUCGUUUUCCAUUUUGGUGUGCCUCACAGCAUUAUCACAGACAAUGGAAGCAACUUCAAGGCAGCCGACUUUCAAGAGUUUUGCGAGCAGAUGGGGAUCCGAAUCAACUAA